AUGUUUGUUGGUGUCAAUGAGCUAUACAACGAGAUCGAUAAAUUAAGACUGAACUUGGACUUGCAACAUCGCAAAUAUGAAAGAGAAUUAGGCGAGUUGAAGAGGAAGUGCGACAUAAUGCAGUUGAUCCAGGAGAACGACAGAAGGAAUAUGUUUUGCAUGCCGGCUGGCUUUAGAAUGCCUACGUUGGAGCCGCGACAUUUGUACGAUGACUGUCAGGUGGUAGAUAAGCCGUUUCCAGGAGCUGUAACUGAUUCAGCAGCUAGUUCGCUCCACUCUGCUCAGUUUUCUCCACGGUACAGCGUUCCUUCUAGUGCCACUGCCGCUACAUCUAUUGAUGCUCAAUCUGCCACGGUUGCUACUCCCGUUCCUGGGCACUCUGCCACAGAUCUACCUUCUCCACCUUCCCACUCAACUCCCGCCCCACUUCCACUAACUGCCCCAGCUCCUGUUGUACCCCCACCACCUGCUCCUCCUGUAGUGCAUAGCCAUAUCCCAUCUUACUCACAGGACCAAGGUAAAGCAUCGUACGAAACAAUUCCAAAGUACCGCCUUGCGAAGGUACACACUGUUGCCGAAAUUUGGAGAGAAUUCAACUACGGUACCUCCGUAAAUCCUUCUUUGAGAGACUUGGAGAAAAAAUUUGGAUCCAGCUGGAGAUAUCCUACUGAAAUGCGUACCUACGCAAGGAGGAAGGCGAUCUUUACCGCAAUAGAGUUUGGCAUUAAGAAGGGAAUCCCGGAACUACAAGUUAUUCAAGACUUAGAGAAGAGAAGAGAAUAUGUCACAGACACUGGUGCCAAAAAGAAACGCCCACUAGUCUGGCUAUCUUCGAACAUACCAAGCAUGUACGUGCACAGGUUCCCCACUGCUAACUUGAGGUUAUGA